AUGUUGCUUCGUCGUCAGUUCACCCGUGCACUUAACAAUACUUUUCCAAGGGUCAUUCGUCCAACUCAGCUGGUUAGAACUGCUGCUACUUUUGACCGUUCCAAGCCACAUGUGAAUAUCGGUACUAUUGGUCACGUCGAUCACGGUAAAACUACCUUGACUGCCGCUAUUACCAAGGUUCUUUCCAGCUCUGGUGCUGCUGACUUCAAGGAUUACUCGUCCAUUGACAAGGCACCAGAAGAAAGAGCUAGAGGUAUUACUAUUUCUACCGCCCACGUUGAAUACGAGACCGCCAACCGCCACUACUCUCACGUUGACUGUCCAGGUCACGCUGACUACAUCAAGAACAUGAUUACCGGUGCCGCACAAAUGGACGGUGCUAUUAUUGUCGUUGCCGCCGCUGAUGGUCAAAUGCCUCAAACUAGAGAGCACUUGUUGCUUGCCAGACAAGUUGGUGUUCAGAACUUGGUUGUCUUUGUCAACAAAGUUGAUACUAUUGAUGACGAAGAGACUUUGGAAUUAGUUGAAAUGGAAAUGAGAGAUUUGCUGACUACCUACGGUUUUGAUGGUGACAACACUCCUGUAAUCAUGGGUUCUGCCUUGUGUGCGUUGGAAGGAAAGCGCCCUGAAAUUGGUGAAGAUGCUAUUAGAAAAUUGUUGGAUGCCGUGGAUGAAUACAUUCCUACUCCUGAGAGAGAUCUUGAAAAGCCAUUCCUGAUGCCUGUUGAGGACAUUUUCUCCAUUUCUGGUAGAGGUACCGUUGUUACAGGCCGUGUCGAGAGAGGUAACUUGAAGAAGGGUGAGGAAGUUGAGAUUGUAGGUUUCAACGAUCAACCAAUCAAGGCUACUGUUACCGGUAUUGAAAUGUUCAAGAAAGAAUUAGAUCAGGCUCAAGCUGGUGACAACGCUGGUAUUUUGUUGAGAGGUAUCAAGAGAGAUGACCUUAAGAGAGGUAUGAUCUUGUCUAAACCAGGAACUGUUAAUGCUCACACUAAAUUUUUGGCUUCUCUGUACAUUUUAACCAAGGAUGAAGGUGGACGUCACUCUCCUUUCGGUGAGAACUACAGACCACAGAUGUUUGUCAGAACUGCUGACGUCACCGUUGUUCUUAGAUUUCCUGAAGACGCUGACCACUCCGCUCAAGUUAUGCCAGGUGACAACGUUGAAAUGGAAUGUGAAAUUGUCCACGCUACUCCAUUGGAAGUCGGACAGCGUUUCAACAUUAGAGAGGGAGGCCACACCGUUGGAACCGGUAUGAUCACUAGAAUCAUCGCCUAA